GCAAUAAUAUUAUUAUAGCUGGUGCCUGGUGCCUGUGUCAGUGUGAGGAGACAUCUGGAGUUGUGUCUGCUAGCAGACGUCCACCAGAUGUUUGAUGUAGAUGACAUACGGCUGCCAGGAGAAUCACACACACACACACACACACCACACGAAAUAAAGCACACCGCUAAACGGAAACACUGAAAGUAAGAAAGGAAGGAAGCAAGGAAGCAAGGAAGGAAGCAAGGAGAGAAAGAGACGGGGAAAGCGAGUGAAUUAAUAAUAAGCAGUAUCUGCAUGUUGUUGCACUUGUCCAAGGUGUAGCGAAAUUUACCAUUUUCACACGCACAGCAUUUGAAUUCUUUUGCUCGCAGACUCAUUCCAGCAGCCAGGAAAGUCUGCGUCUCACCUGUGGAUUGCCCAGUUAUGAGGGAUGGCCACCAUGUUCUGAAGAAGAAAAUGAAGUGUCAUGUCUUAGACACAGAAAAGAAUCUCAUCACCGUUGGUGGAAUAAUAAUUGCAGUGAAUAACAAGACGCCAUGGAGAAAAUAAGGUGCGAAGAGAUGAAUGAGAAUUCUGCCAGCUGCAAAUUACCGAUCAACACCGAACUGAAGAUCAUCGAAGACCCUGUAUUUGUACAAGUCCAUGUUGCUGCUGACCGGAAGGACAUUGGCCGGAACUGGACACACAGAGAGAAAUGGUUGUUGUCCAUUUGUAUCUUUGUGGUAGUGGUCUUGGUGGCCUUUGUCACGGUCACCUUUGUUUUUAAGGAAAUAUAUAACGGUGAUGAAGAGAUCUGUUUAACGACUGACUGCAUCAAAACAGCUGCAGAACUUCUCGAGGACAUUGACUUCUCAGUGGAUCCAUGCGAUGACUUCUACCAAUAUACCUGCGGUAAUUGGGAACGAAGAAACAUUAUACCUGAAGAUAUGGCAGCCAUUGGCAACAUCGAACGGCAGCACCGCAAACUACAGAUCAUUAUUAAAAGAAUUCUAGAAACUCCUCCCAACCAGUUUGAUGGUAACGCCACAACCAAGGCCAAGACUCUCUACAAAUCUUGUAUGAACAUGUCUCAGAUCCAAUAUAUUGGAGACAAGCCAUUCCACCACAUUCUCCGUUCUUUCGGUGGUUGGCCUGUCAUCACAGACCAAUGGGAUGCUGAUAAAUUUAGUAUCGAAUCAACUUUGGCAAAACUCUACAAAGAAUUUCACAUCUCAGUGAUUCUCAAUUUCAAUGUCUCACCUGACGAUAAAAAUUCCAGUACCAAUAUUAUCCACCUUGACCAGGCUCAUCUGGGAAUGCCAAGCCGAGACUACUACUUGGAUCCAAAUGAUAUACAAUAUGUAGACGCUUAUGAAAACUUCAUGGUUUCAGUGUCUGAGCUGUUAGGAGCAGACAGAAACUUCUCAGGGAAGGAGCUCAGAGAGGUCAUUCAAUUUGAAACAGAAUUGGCAAAUAUCACAAAUUCAAUUGAAGAUCGAGUUGAUAUGGAAAGCUUAUAUACCAAAAUAUCAAUAGCUGAAUUGAAUCAAAUGGCACCAGAGUUUGACUGGCUGAAGUAUUUCCGAAGUAUCAUCUCCCCAGAUGUCCAAGAAAGCGAACAACUGGUCACCAUAGCACCAAACUAUCUCAAAAAUAUGUCACAACUCCUCAGUAGAACUCAUAAAAGAAUUAUAGCCAAUUACAUAUUUUGGAUAAUGACCAAGGAACUAUGUCCUCACCUCACACAUGAGUACCGACUAUUAGAUUAUCGCUAUAGGAAAGUUCUAGAGGGCAUCAGGAAGGAGAAAACCCUGUGGGAAAGCUGUGUUAGCUUUAUAAACACGGAAAUUGGUCAUGCUGUUGGAGCCCUUUUUGUUAGUGAACAUUUCAAGAAAGAAAAUAAAGACAUUGCUCUGGAGAUGAUACAAAAUAUUCGAAAUGCCUUCAACAAACUCCUUGACGACAACACGUGGAUGGAUGAAGAAACUAGAAAAUUUGCAAAGGAAAAGGCAAAUGCCAUGAUUGGAAUGAUUGGAUAUCCAGAAUUUAUAUUAAAAAAGUCAAAGUUGGACAAAUUCUAUGAAAUGCUGGAAGUGGACCCUGACAGCUACUUUCGCAGUGUCCACCAGAUCAAAAGAUACAAGUCUCACAACCAAAUCAAAGAAUUGCGGGAACCAGUUGACAGAGAGAAAUGGUUGCAAGACCCAGCUGUUAUUAAUGCUUAUUACAACCCAAAUACUAAUGAUAUUGUUUUUCCUGCCGGAAUACUACAGCCUGUCUUUUACAGUAACUCCUAUCCAAAGUCUCUGAAUUACGGUGGAAUCGGUAUCGUAAUUGGGCAUGAAAUUACGCAUGGCUUUGAUAACAGAGGUAGAAAGUUUGAUAAAACUGGUAAUUUGAAACAAUGGUGGAAGAAUGAGACUAUAGAGGCUUUUAAUAAGAAGGCACAGUGUAUGAUAGACCAAUAUUCCAGUUUUGUCUUGAAGCAAGCUGGUUUAAAGAUAAGAGGUAUAAACACACUUGGAGAAAAUAUUGCCGACAAUGGAGGUUUGAAACAAGCUUACCAGGCCUAUCAACAGUGGGUCGCCGAUCAUGGGGCUGAACCACCAUUACCAGGGCUCAACCUUACCCAUGAACAACUGUUCUUUGUUAACUAUGCACGGAUUUGGUGUGGAAAAAUGAGAGAUGAAGAAGCCCUAAACCAGAUUCGGACCGAAGUACACAGUCCAGGACCAAUAAGAGUCAAGGGGCCAUUAUCAAACUCUGUGGAAUUUUCCAAAGUAUAUAACUGUCCUUUGGGCAGUAACAUGAACCCAGAGCACAAAUGCCAAGUUUGGUAAAAAAAACCGUUUCAUUCAUUAGCACCAUCAGAGUGACUUCUAUAUUCACCAUACAAGCAGUUAACACUGAUAAAUGCAACUUGCAGCUCAUCUUCUCAGAUCCCUUCAAAGGAAACACAGUCACGGUUCCACUUCUAACUUCAGCUUGCCCCUUUUCUCUCUCUUUCUCCCUCUCUCACUGAUGUAUGAGCUGUGAUUUAGGGAGUUCAAGUGGUCGCGGUGGUGGUGGUGGUGGUGGUUGUUAUACCUUGUUGUUAAUUCAGUCUUGUACACAAUGUUAUAUAGGCAAAAGGGUGGGGAACUUUACACAUGGUGGUAGUGGUGGUGUGCUGAUGGUAUUGGUUGUGUGGUAGUGGUGCAGUAGUAGCAGUGGAAGUGGUGGUGAGUCAGGGGCAGAGUAGUAAGGAGCCCCUGUCCAUUUUCCCUCUAUAAUUACGAUAAAUUUUUCUUUGACUUCUGUUUUCCUUUUUUCGGGGUGGCUCCCUCCAAAAAAAAAAGAAAAAAGAAAAUUAAGGUUUUGGAUCUCGCCCAGGUAUUAAGUUUGAAAA